AUGAAAAAAGAGAAGAGGCUGGGAUCGAUGUCUCCGCUAUUGUGUAAAAAUAAUUGUGACAAAUAUAUUACUUUGCCCCAGUGUGCCGUGUUGGUCAUGGCUACGCUCAUCCAGGAGAAUGGUAUUAAGGAUCUGAGCAAAGGCACACAUGGCGUUGUGUCGAACCAUGGUAUGUCUGCACACAGUGUUGCCAGUCAUAUGGUGCCAGACCAUGAAUACUGCGAGGCUGGUACAGCCAGCGGGCCACAACCGCAGUGUACGAACACAGGCGAGAUGCCAGUACCAGCCAAUCCACCUGAAGAAGAGGAGGAAACACCUGAAAUAGAUAUAAUGAUAAACAAUGUUGUGUGCAGUUUUAGUGUUAAGUGCCACCUGAACUUGAGACAGAUAGCAUUAAACGGUGUUAAUGUAGAAUUUCGCCGCGAAAAUGGCAUGGUCACUAUGAAAUUACGUCGUCCGUAUACGACGGCUUCAAUCUGGUCAUCUGGUCGCGUGACGUGCACGGGCGCCACUAGCGAGGAGCAAGCGAAGAUAGCAGCGCGCCGGUACGCACGUGCGCUGCAGAAACUCGGCUUUCAAGUGCGCUUCCGCAACUUCCGCGUAGUUAAUGUAUUAGGGACAUGCCGAAUGCCCUUUGGUAUAAGAAUCAUAUCGUUUUCCAAGAAAUACAAGGAAGCAGAUUAUGAACCAGAGCUUCACCCUGGAGUUACAUAUAAGUUAUAUAAUCCUAAGGCCACACUAAAGAUAUUCUCCACUGGAGGUGUAACUAUAACAGCCCGAAGUGUGAGCGACGUACAGUCUGCGGUGGAGCGUAUCUUCCCGCUGGUUUAUGAGUUCCGCAAGCCGCUGACGGCGGCAGACGAGGAACUGCUGCGACAGAAGCGGGCAGCGCGGGCGGGCGCCGCUCCCCCGCCGCCCCCGCCGCGGGACGAGCGUAUGCACCUGGUCACGCUGUCGGAUGACGACAACGACGCUUGGGAAUGA